AUGGUUAAUUUAAAUAGAAUGCCCGGAUGGGAACAUGAUUCGUGGGGUUAUCAUGGGGAUGAUGGAAAAAUUUUUAAUUGUAGUUGUGGAAUAGGCAUACAGUACGGACCAAUGUUUACAACUGGCGAUAUUAUCGGAUGUUGUUUAAAUCUUAAAAAUAAUAUGAUAUUCUAUACUAAAAAUGGAGUACAACUUGGCAUUGCAUUUCAAGAUUUGAAAGAUUUUUUGUAUCCUUGUGUUGGAAUGUUUUCGCAAGACGGAUUCAUAGAAGUUAACUUUGGCCAUAAGAAGUUCAAAUAUGCAGCAAUGUUUGGUGAUGAUAUUGAUGAAUCUUUUAAGGAAAAAUGGAUUAAAGUUAUAAAUUCAUAUGAUGAUGAAUUAAUAAAUCAAAAAAUUGACAAUUCUGCAGAUUUAAACCAACCAUUAGAAACUAAAUUAAAUAUUGCAGAACUUGAACCAUGUGAUAUAUUUGCACUAAGAUAUCGAGGUGAAAUCUUUCAUAUGAUGGAUAGGUAUGAAGAAUCGCUUGCAGAUUUAAAAAAAUUAUUAGAAAUCAAUGCAGAUUAUGCAUGGGCAUUAAAGGCAAUUGAAGAAGUUACUAGGAAGAAGUAA